AUGGCUUCUUCACCGGAGUUUAUAACCUGGAUGGUUGUGGGCCUGACUGAGUCUGUCACCAUAAUAGCUCUGAAUUCUUUGACAGUGAUUGCAUUUUUUAGAGACCGUAGUCUUCGUAAACGAUCCACUUACUUAGUGAUAAGAUUGGGAGUUGCAGACAUGUUUACCGGGGGAACUUCUCCACUCGACCUCUUCUAUAAUGUUGGGGAGAUGUGUAACUUCUGGAGACACAAAAGAGAGCAUUGGUAUCGGAUACCACAGGUCUUUCUCUUCUGGUUUCUCGUUUGUUCGUUUAUAAAUAUGACUGUUAUUUCUCUAGAACGCCUGAAUGCAACGUUUUGGCCCUUCAGACAUCGUACGAUCAAAAAGUCAGUCUACUGGGUUCUUAUCAUCUCCAUCUGGUUGACAGCACUACUCUUUUCAUGUACAUGUACGUUAAUAAUAGGUUAUUACUAUACACACAAACAGGGCUAUUAUUACUACGCCUGGGGUUCAUUCAUCUCAAUUUGUCUUGUGGUCAUUUGUGUUUCUUACGUUUCUAUUUUUGUCAAGCUUCGCUUUGGGAAUCAGCCUCGACACCAUGGCGCGGCAAAUAGGGAAAGGAAACUGACCGUUACGUUGUUCACUGUGACUUCUCUCUCUUUCCUAUUGUGGCUGCCUUAUGUGAUAACUACUUUUUUGUUUUUCGCCACCAACAUUCUAAGUUCGUUGUCUGAAAUAACGCUUUUCCGUUUGGAACUUGGUUCAGUCAUCUUGGUUUACGCAAACUGUUUUUCAAUUCCGAUAUUGUAUGCUAUGAGAAUGCCAGGUUUUAGGCGAGCUCUAAAGAUGCUAUGUCGCCAACGACCUCAGCCACACAGACAGGUUGAGAUCAUUCCCCUCAGUGAGAUUAACCCCCAAAUUUAGAUUUAACUGGUGUGGGAAAAAUUAACAUCCACAAAGGUUCUGUGAAAGUAGUUUUUGAUAGGAAGUGCUGUAAACUCUCCAAUCUCUUCAUUAAGUAACAAAAGGAAAAGAAAAAAGGAGGAAAAUUGAAUUAAUCAGAUUACGUUAAGGAUCAUUUAUUAUUAAACAUGGUUCCUUUGUACGUUUCAUGUGUCAGGUUUCAUUUUUAAAUUUUUUCAUUUGGGUUUGUUUGAUUAUCUACAUUACUUUAGGUUUAGGUUUAGUUUGCGUGUGUUUAAGAUGAGUUCACACUUUUUUCAGCCUUUUUUAGCACUUUGUUUCGCUUUGAUCGUCUCUAUCGCUUUGCCUUGAUUCGCUUCAUGUUUUGUAUAGAUUCUCUGGAUUCCGUUUUUGUCAAAGAAAUAAAUAUAAGCACGUUAGACAUUGUGACUACAAUUUCAAUCAUAAUGUGCAAUUUCAUAUUAUCCCACUGUGUAAAUAAACAUUCAGGUAGUAGUUUUUCAUAACAAAAUAGCUUAACGCUUUACAUCCUAAAAUCAAUUUGACAAGGAGAAUUUGUUAAACAAUUAAGGGUUCUUAAGUUGAUGAUCAUUUCCUUUAUUCUCGUGACCUUUUUGUUUUAUUCAGGGGUGAUACUGUAAGGAGAAAUUAGAGGUAAGUCAAUCUUAGAGUUCAAAGGGUUAACAGCUAAAGGAUUUGUAGAUGAGCUAGAUGACCACUCUUUAUCAAUUUGAAUAUACACAACAUCAAAAAAAAAAGAUUUAUCUUAAUUAGUAAUGGUAAUAGGACUGAGUGGAGUCCAAUUCGGUAUGCAAUCAUACUUUGUUAUCACGAGUGCCAUUACAGAUCAAAUUGGACUCCACGAAGUCCUAUUACCAAUUAAUUAUAAAAAUUACAAUUUGCAAGAAGAGAAAUAUAGCCAAAUUAUAAAAGAAAGAGAAAAUUUGCAUUAAAGACUGACAAAGGAAUUAGUGUUUCUAUGGUGAAUGAAACCGAGGCUGUAGUUGGUUGAUUUAAACUCAUCUUUGGAUGUGAUUGGUCGAUUUAAACUACAACUUUGGAUAUGAUUAGCUUAUCGAACUGUUCCAUAACAAACUUUCCGAUAACAACUUGGCAAGUAAAUUAAAAGAAAAAGUGUGAGUUUUUCAAACCAAUCACAAUCGAGGAAAUUGAAAUUUUUAUGAUGAAGACUGAUACUGUCAGCAUAAACGCAUAAUUUCAAGAUUAUUAACACUUAUGCAUGUAUGAAUUAAAAAAAAUAGGAAAUUGGUAGAUGUGUAUUAAAAAUAAACUGAUAUAAAUAAAAGUCGACGAAAAAAUAUGAAACAGGUUCUAUUUUCUCGCGCAAAGGGAUGCAAUUGUCGAGCUUCAGCAUUAAAGUCCUACACCCAGUAGAAGAGGGUGAAGUUUGCAUAUCUGUUUGAAUAGCUUUAUUUACCUCAAACUUAGGCAAUAAAAAAUGAGAGAAUAAGGAUCGGUAAACGAGGAACAGGGAAUAAAGAACGGGGAAUAGAGAAAGUGAACGGGGAACAGGAAACAGACAACAGCCAACAGACAACGGGGAUAUGAUGCUAUGUUUAAUGGAACAGCUCAUGCAUUGUGAGAUCAGGAUCGACAACAGAAUUGAGUUUAUCGCAGUCAGACAGUAACGUGUUUUUCAUUGACCAUCGGUAAAUUUGUGUAAAACCCUUCCCUUCUUUCAGCUUGUAGUCAACUAAAGCAAACACGACAACAAAGACCGGCAGAUUCCUGUAAUAAUAGGAUAAUUUAGCUUAUGGAAAUCGUCAUACGUAUGGGCCUGUUCCAUACAUGGGCCAAACUCAUCAAACACAAUCGCACACUACGGUACAGUUUCAGUAUAGCUGAUAAUAAUAGCAAAGAACUACAUGUCGAAGCCUCUCAUCAAGCUGCAUAGUUUCUUCUUCGAAAGUCUAUUACUUUUCCUUCAUUUCACAACCAGUAAUAUUUAAUCUCUGAUAUGCACAAGGGCAAAGCUUGCUCGUCGUAAUUCUGUCAUUCAUUAACCUCAUAAUCAAACGUGAAAUGCACUCACCUCCUGCAUUGACUUUACUACUUCCGCCAUCUUGGACGUCAGAGGGCGGACUGCGAUGAGCCCGCGACAAGAUUGCUUGCGGUGUAUGCCUUAAAGUUGGGUUAUGGAAAAAAAAAAAACCUGGGUUUUGUGGGAAAACAAACCUGGGUUUUGUGGAAAAACCUGAGUUCAGGGAAAAACUCGGAGGUUUUUGUGGUGAAAAAAACCUGGGUUUUGGAAAAAAAAAAUAUUAGUUUUGAAAAAUAAAACUUGAGUUUUACAAGGAAAGAUACGGUGACCGUUACGGGCCACCGUAAUCUUUUACCUUUGCCUCGAGGUUAUUCUUUUUGCCGUGAGUCUUUUUCUUUUACUGCGAGGUUAUUUCUUUUGCCGUGACAGUUGUGGGCCACCCUAUAUAUUAUUAAAUAAGAAACAAAGAAUACGUAUGAAGAAAGAUUAUUAUUCAGAUAACGAUCGACGUUUUCCAUGUUGAACGGUUGCGCACAGCUUCCAAAAUGUCAAUUUUGCAAACGCCAUGUUCGAUUCUGAGUUUUAUCGCCGGAGGAUUAUAAAGAAUCUGAGGAAGCUUUUAAGAAAGUGAGUUGAGAUACGGUAGGUUUUGAAGAUUAUUUUCUUGGCAAAGUUCAUCGGCACAAAUCGGCUCUUCGGAAAGGUGAGAGGUUUGGUCACUUCAGUCAAGUCACGUGAUGUCCUUCUUCACCCUCAGUCGUUUGUUUGUUUGUUCUUGUUCCUAUUUUGUAUUUCUUAAGUAAUUGCAAAGUUUUUUUUUCUUUUUAUGUCUCCUAAAGUACAUUAGAGAAGUGGAUUCCAGAAUUUCGUGUGCAAUGCAAGGCAAUUGAAUGUUAUUGUUAAUUUAUUGCGAAAACGCUACCACGUCUUUAAUUAGCACCAAGAAAACAUUGAAAUUAUAAUUUUAACUUGUUUAAUGCCACUUUUACCAGUAAUGAAAACAGAAAAACUGAAAUUAGAUUGAAUAGAAUUACAAAGACGGUAAGUUUUGAGUCGGUAAAUGUGGAUUCAGGAUUUUUUCUUCUUUUUUUUUUGUUUUUGUUUUUGUCUCGCUCGCGACAAGACGAAAAACAUCUCUGUUUCCUAAAAAGAAGUUAACAGAAUCAUGCAAAAUUCUUCAGAGCGUCUUUAUUGCUUCUUUCUAUGGAAAACUAGGGGAAAUCACUAAAGUGUAACCUAUCUGUCACCGAACUGAAUGGGUUCGACUAAUUUUAAACGACGCUAUUGCCUAGUCGAUCGAAGGGUAUGUUAGAGACAGAAAUUCUUAAUUCUUAAUUAUUAUUCAGCUCGCGAUCGACUUUUUUCUUAUUAAACAGCUGUGCACAGCUCAUAAAGUGCCAAUUUUGCCAUGCAGGCGCCUGGCGGGGAUGGCACGAUUCUGAGGACGCUUUUAAGAAAGUUAUUUGAGAUAAGGUAAGCUUUGAAGAUUAUUUUCUUAACAAAUUCCUCUUAAAUUAUUUUAAUGUUUCUAAAUUAAAAGAGAGUUCACCCUAAAUUUUAAGGUGAAUUUCUGAUGGAGGAGGGUUGUCCAAUACACUUUUACUUGGGUCGAUUCAUUUGAGGCUGUUUGAACUAUGAAAAUAACUUAAAACCUCACUCAAGAUUGAAGGAUAUCCAAUUUUUUUUAUGCGGAGAUCAAAACCUUCUGUGGCAUAAUUAUAUCAAAAAUGAAAAGGAAAACUACUCGAAAAAGCGGACUGAAUUAGCAGCUACAGCUGAUAUCUUCGGCCGAUCGAAGUAAAAUGUGUGUCAAAGAGAAAUAGGUUCAGAUAUUCGACACCUGUUUGUAUGAUACCACGACUGAAGGCAACAAAUGAUAACCAUUUUAUGUCAAAUUCGUUUGAUAUGCUCUACUUGUUAUUAGCCUAUGUUUUUUAGCAUGUAUCUUUUUCAUACUCCCACAUGCUCCAAUGAGAAUGUGUCACGAGAAUUCGGUAAUAACAAGACUUAGUCGGAGAGUAUUCAUGGACUCCCUAACAUUUUCCCUCCUUAUUUUUUUUAAAUUUAAUUCAAGACUCUUAUAAUUUGAAAAGAUAAAAAAAAAACCGUCUUCCGUGGCAGGAAUAUCUCAGAAAUGAAAAAGAAAAACUACUAAACAAGCGGAGUAAAUUGGCGAAUGCAGCAGAUAUCUUGGAUGGAAAAGAGUUUCAGAUAUAGAGUGUCAGUUUUCGAAACUCGCUUGACUUUAAGGUGAUGAAUGAUAUCCGUUUUGUAAAAAUUCCUUUGAUAUGCUUUUCUUGUUAUUAGCCCCUGUAAAAAAUAAAAAUAAAUAAAAAAACAUUUUUUUACGCCUACGUUCAUCUAUGGAGAUGCGCAUCUGUUGGAAAGCAAAAAUGAAUAGCCUUUUUUUCUUUCUAUUUUAGUUUUAUCAUUUACUCUCAAUUGGUAAAAGAGAAAGGGAAAAAUGAAAGAAGACUACUUCAAAUACAUUUUUCCAAAAAGAAAAUUAGAAAGGAGAACAAAACAAAAGCAAAUAUUAAACGCACAAGUAAAAGAAACGCGCUAGUACUGAGAACGUUCAAAUAUGAAAAUAACGACGACCGAGACUUGGAGGAAGCCCAUAAUCCAUUGCCAGCUUCAGAGUUAUGAGUUACGGAAAUCAACACGUCUGCAUCUGGCUGAGAAAACUAAUCAGUAAAUGAAAAAUGCGAAAUAAAGUGGUGCUGAUAUCUGGUAUGCAGAUCCAGGUGAAGUGGAAAAACAAACUAUUUGAACUUUUCUGCGGACCAGUUCUGAACUACGAUAGAAAUGCUGAUAAACAUGUUUACAAGAAUAAUAGUCACGAUGGCGAUGAUAUCUUUCACUAUGGAACUGGUAUUGAUUACAAAACAACUAUAAUAAUGAUAACAAAACAUGCGACAUAGAAACAAAAGGACAAAGGAACAUCUUUGAAGUGUUGGUGUUUUAUUUCCAACGCUUGUUAUCAAUUCUGUAUCCCAUCUGGAUAAAUUGUCAGUCUUCACUUCUAAAUUCAAGAUAAUUUGUGAAUAAUACAUGGCGGGCGCAGACAUAGGGUUUCUCUACGAGUCUUCAGCUCAAUGUCUCACGAGUUCGCGCUAGUUGAUCUCGAGAAGAGAAAUUCCAAAUCUACAAGGACCAUGUAUUACAUUUUUUUUUUCUUUUUUCAUAGUCUUUACCGGCAGGUUAAGUCGACUUUAUUGACGGAUAAAAAAAAAAUAGGAUCGACCAUCCAAGAAGAAAGUCGUAAAUUGCGUCGGCGAUAAGGCUAAAGCUGAGAAAAAGCGUUGAAACAUUGCAAAAACAAGCAAGAGGCGUAGAUUUCAAUUCACAUAAUUCUCUCUCUGGGAACCUUUGAGCCAUACCAAAUGAGCUGUCAUUCAUCUAAAUGGUCUAGGCCAAAUCUAAUUGGUUCACGCAUAUCAUGUUUGUAUGAAAUAUAUUGUGGUGCGUCGUCGAUGAGUAAAAGGCUAUGUCGCAUGUCUCGCACAGAAAGUAGCCAAUGAAUUUGAAAAAGUCUUAUUCCUGUAAUAAGCGGUCAAUUCCAUGCGACACGACAAAAUGAACAAAAGCAUAGAAAGGCAUUUUCCAAGCAGGAAUUAAAAAUAAAGCAAAAUAAAUUGAAAAAAUAAGAUCUAUCAACUACAAUUUUUUACUGAAAAAUAAUUAUUUCAAUUUGAGUAAGAGAAUAGGCGAACUUUGGGGUCAGAAUGUUAGUUUUCUUUUACAAUAAUGAGCCUACGCGAACGAAAAGUUACGGGCUCAAUAGUCACUGAUAUUUGACUCGUAAAAAGCGUUCAAAAUCUCUUUGAAACAGCCCAAAGCAGUGUGAUGGCUGUCUUAAGUAGCUAUACAAACUAGUUGCUCUGCACGACCAAUAGGGAAACAAAGGUCGUCUUCAUAUCGGAGAGGGUUUUUUUUUAAAGGACGUAGUUAACAUUUAAGAAAACGUACCGAAGGAGGGAUGUAAGACUAUGGGUAAACUUUGUUGUCUGAAAGGCUACCAAAAUAAAAUGUAGAGGUUACGUCAGACUAGUCUCUUUCGCACUAUAAAAGACAGGUUAGUAAUCUUUUCUCAAAUCAUUGCCGGAAAUUUCUAACAUUUCUCAACUAUUUGGAACAGAAAAAGACUUCUCCGAUGGCUUCUUCACCUGAGUGUAUAACCUGGAUGGUUGUGGGCCUGACUGAAUCUGUCGCCAUUAUAACACUGAAUUCUUUGACAGUGAUUGCAUUUUGUAGAGAUCGUAAUCUUCGUAAACGAUCCACAUACUUGGUGAUAAACUUAGCAGUUGCAGACAUGAUAUCCGGGGGAACUUCUACACUCGACCUCUUCUAUAAUGUUGGAGCGACAUGUAACUUCUGGAGGUACAAUACGCUGUCUUGGUAUCAGAUACCACAGGUCUUACAUCUCUGGUUUCCUAUUGUUUCGUUAACGAAUAUGACUGUUAUUUCUCUAGAACGCCUGAAUGCAACGUUUUGGCCCUUCAGACAUCGUACGAUCAAAAAUUCAGUCUACUGGGUUCUUAUCGUGGCUAUCUGGUUGACAGCACUACUCUUUUCAUUUGCGUUAAUAAUGAUUCAAUACUAUACACGUAAAUGGGACUAUUAUUACUACGCAUGGAGUUCAUUCAUCUUCAUUUGUCUUUUGGUUAUUUGUGUCUCUUACGUUUUUAUUUUUGUCAAGCUUCGCUUUGGAAAUCAGCCUCGACACCAUGGCGCGGCAAAUAGGGAAAGGAAACUGACCGUUACUUUGUUCACCGUGACUUCUCUCUCUCUCCUAUUGUGGCUGCCUUAUGUUAUAACUAGUUCUCUUUAUUUUGCUACUGACAUUUUCAGUUCUUUGUCUGAAAUAGCGCUUUUCCGUUUGCAAGGUGGUUCAAUUGUCUUGCUUUACGCAAACUCUUUUUUGAAUCCGAUAUUGUAUUCUAUGAGAAUACCAGAUUUUAGGCGAGCUUUAAAGAUGUUAUGUCGCCAACGACCACACAGACGGGUUCAGAUCUUUCCCUUCCGGGAGAUUAACCCACAAAAUUGA